UCCCAAAAAGGCCGUGGUCUUUGACUCCGAACACCGCACCACCGCUGUUAUCCCACGAUGGAAGGCUUCGUGGAAACAAUCGACAGCGCCCUGCAGACCGCGGACUACGGAUCCCUAGCGGCCGUGUUCUCGUACGGUCCCUCGUCGUGGCACUCGCUGGGGCAGGGGGAGCAGCGCAGCCUGGCAUCCUAUCUGAUCGAGACCGCGGUCGGAUCACCCACCUUUCUCCCGCGGGCCUUUUCGUCGACGCAGGUACGGAACGUCUUUCUGGAAACCCUGAAGCACCUGCCCGCGACACCGGUGGAGGGUGCGGCGGACAACAAGCUGCGGCAGAUGCUCUUCGACUACAACGUCAACGAAGAGGGGGACUACUCGGCGGCCGCGGGCGUCCUUUCCGGGAUGCGGAUGCACGACGACAGAGACAGCGUGUACUAUUUCAGCGCCGCCGAGAAGUGUGACGGUAAGAAAUGUUUGUUUUGCUUCCGGUGUCGCCGUGUGGAAUCCGUUCCAAUCCCCGUUGUGUUUUUUUUUCGGGCGCCGGUUGGUUCCGGCCAUAGAAACGAACUCGUUCCUGUCGCAACCACGAGCGCAACGCCCCGCGUUCGUUGGAUUCCGUUUCGAACCCUAACACACCCCUUGUCCGCGCAAACUCAAACCACACCACACCCGUUGCACCGACCGCCCCAGUGUACGUCAAAAUCGCGGAGUGCUUCCUGGAGGAAGACAUGAUCGCCGAGUCCGACGCGGCGGUCGGCAGGGCCGGAUCGGUGGUGGAAUCGAUCGAGAACGCCGACCAGCACGCGGCGCUCAUCCUGCGCUACAAGUCGACGUACGCACGGGUGCUGGAUUCCAACCGAAAGUUUCUGCAGGCCGCCUCUCGCUACCACGACCUCAGCCAGAGCUCGGGCGACCUGAUCCGCGCCGAGGACCUGCUGACCAUGCUGGGGCGGGCGGCGACCUGCGCCAUCCUGGCGCCGUCCGGCCCGCAGCGGCACCGCGUGCUGGGACACAUCUCCAGGGACCCCCGCCUCGACCAGCUCCGCGGCCUCUCGGACUUUGAGACGCACGCCACCAUCCUCACCAAGAUGUACGGGGGACAGAUCCUCCGCAAGGAGGAACUCGUCGGGUUCGAGGCGUCCCUCCAGCCCCACCAGAGGGCCAUCAUGGGAGACGGCCUGACCAUCAUGGAGCGGGGCGUCGUCGAGCACAACAUGCUCGCGGUGUCGGGCAUCUAUCGCUCGAUCUACGUAGACGAGCUGGCCCUGGUGCUGGGGGUCGGGAACGAAAAAGCGGAAAAGAUCGUGGCUACCAUGAUCCUAGACGGGAGCCUCGAGGGAUCGAUCGACCAGGUGGAGAACCUGGUUCUCUUCCACAGCAACGAUUCCCCCAAUGGGGCAUGGGACAGGGCGAUUUCCAGUUUUUGCAUGGAACUGAACCGUGUCACCGACGGCGUUCGGUCCAUCGAAACAUAAAUUGUAAUGUACGAAAAUGUCCUUUAAUAGAGUGCGUACUAGACC